AUGGACGAUAGUGAAAACGAUAGAAGUGUAUCUCGUUUGUUCAGAAGUUUCAAGACCGUGAAGGAAAUGGUCAGAGAUAGAGGAUACUAUAUCUCUCAAGAAGAACUUGAUAUGACUUUAGAUGAAUUCAGAGCUAAAAUGUGUGAUGCUAUGGGUAACGCUCAACGUAAAUUAAUGUGUUUCCAAGCUACUCCUACUCCUGAAUCAUUAGAGAAAUUCCCUGAUUUAGGAUCAUUAUGGGUUGAAUUCUGUGAUGAAGCAUCAGUUGGGAUUAAAACUAUGAGAAAUUUUUGUAUUCAUAUUAGUGAAAAGAAUUUUCAAACUGGUAUAUUCAUUUAUCAAACUUCAUUAACUCCAUCUGCUACUAAAUUGAUUCCAACUGUUUCCCCAGCAUCUAUUGAAGUUUUCCAAGAAAGUAAUUUGAUUGUUAAUAUCACUCAUCAUGAAUUAGUUCCAAAACAUAUUAGAUUAUCUAAAGAUGAAAAGAAACAAUUAUUAGAAAGAUAUAGAUUAAAAGAAUCUCAAUUACCAAGAGUUCAAAGAGAUGAUCCAGUAGCAAGUUACUUAGGUUUGAAAAGAGGUGAAGUGGUGAAAAUCAUUAGAAGAUCAGAAACUUCUGGUCGUUAUGCAUCAUACAGAAUUUGUUUAUAA